CUGCCAUACAAGGUUGCCCAUGCUGCUCUGUUUAUGGGAAAGUAAAAAGAAGAGCAGAGCUUCAAGUCCUGUUUCGGAAAAUCAGCAGACCAAAUAGCAGCGGUUUUCAAGGGGCGCCAGGUAUUAGGGGUCCUCAGGGAGAGAGGGGCCCCAUCGGCUUCCCAGGUUUCCAAGGCACCAAGGGCCAGCCUGGCCCCAAAGGCCCUGAGGGCACAAAUGGAGAAACUGGUCCUCAGGGAAAACAAGGCAGCCGUGGGUUAAAGGGGAACAGGGGACCAGAUGGACGUACCGGCAAACCAGGACCCAGAGGAAACAAGGGUCGGACUGGACAGAGGGGCCACGAUGGCCAACCGGGCCCUUCGGGUUUGCCGGGGCCACCUGGACCAGAGGGAGCAGAAGGAAAGCCUGGGUCCCUCAGGUGCAGCUGGCAGUGCUGGCAGUAAAGGACCAAUGGGUUUUCAAGGAGCUGCUGGAGACAGAGGAGCAGACGGCCCACCAGGGUCUCCGGGGCCACCAGGGAAACCAGGACCUCCAGGAUCACCAGGCCCCCCAGGAGACAGGGGUUUUACAGGGAAGCCAGGCAUGGAGGGACCUCAGGGCCCAGUAGGCAUGUAUGGCAUCCAGGGCACCGUGGGCAUGCGUGGGCCUCCAGGGUUCAUUGGAGAAAGGGGUGAGCCAGGUUUACGAGGUUUACCUGGGCCCGCUGCGAAGCCAGGACCUGCAGGUCCCCCAGGUCCGCCUGGAGAGAAGGGACCCCGGGGACCUCAGGGUCGGCCUGGAGACGAAGGGCCCAAAGGGAUACAGGGCCCACCAGGCCCUCCAGGUCUCCCUGGUGUUGAUGGGGCAAUUGGAAAACCAGGACCGAGGGGAAGCCAAGGGCCCCCAGGAUCUCAGGGGCCACAGGGGCCAGCAGGAAUCACAGGCCCACAGGGUGCUGAUGGAUUAUUAGGAGCAGCAGGGGAAAGAGGACAAAAGGGGUUACCUGGCUUACCUGGUGACGAUGGCCCCACAGGACAAGAUGGACAACAGGGUCUCCAUGGCCAAACAGGAACUGAAGGCCCACCAGGACAGAAAGGAUAUCAGGGGGACAUUGGGCCUUGCGGGAAACCUGGUCCUCCAGGGCUUCCGGGAGAGAGAGGACUCGAGGGCCCAAAAGGAUUGCAGGGACCACCUGGACCAGUCGGUAAAGAGGGUGAUGCCGGCCAUCCUGGUGAAGCUGGAGAUCCUGGACCGAAAGGGGAAAAGGGUGAGGUGGGACCUCCAGGGUUGUCUGGUCGAGAAGGCCCUUGGGGAACCCUUGGAGAAAAUGGUGAAAGGGGCCCAAAGGGGGAGAAGGGCCACGUUGGACUAAUGGGUGAACCGGGGCUGAUGGGUGAAGUGGGACCUGCAGGUCUGGCCGGGUUAAAGGGAAUCACAGGCCCUCUGGGACCCCCAGGCCUAGAUGGACCUCAGGGCCCGAAGGGGGAUUCUGGGCCUGUAGGGACUACUGGGCCUCCAGGGAGUGAAGGCCCUCGGGGAAUAACUGGUGCACGUGGUGUCAGAGGAGACACGGGGGGGCUGGGACCACCUGGCCUAGUAGGACAAGUUGGACCUCAGGGAGACCUGGGACAUAAAGGGGAACCAGGGCCACCGGGACUGAAGGGAGAGCCGGGAGCCCCGGGUGUGUCAGGGGAACAGGGUGAGGAUGGUCUGCCAGGUAUCCGAGGUCCUCCGGCUCUGCCAGGGUUUGAGGGGCCACCUGGAGAGAUGGGACCCCAGGGUCCCCCAGGUCCCACAGGGGCUCCUGGAGUGCUAGGAAGACCAGGACCUGAAGGGAAACAGGGAAUGAAAGGGGAGAAGGGAGACGAUGGCAUGAAUGGAUCACCGGGGAAGAUGGGCCAUGUUGGAAGGAGGGGGAAACGGGGGAAAGCCGGAGUCAGAGGAACCAGGGGAGACAGAGGGCCGAAGGGUGAAAAGGGAGACACAGGACUGGCCGGCCUCCCUGGGUGGCCAGGGCUCAUCGGAAUCCCUGGCUUACGUGGAGAGCCGGGAGAUCAAGGUGAAAAGGGGAAAGAGGGUGAGAAAGGAGACCAUGGAUUGCCUGGACCAGCUGGAGCUGAUGGCAUGAAGGGUAUUCGUGGUCCUGUUGGGUUGCCAGGUCCACUGGGCUCGAAGGGAGAGCAGGGAAAUAUUGGUCCACCAGGACCGAGGGGUACACCGGGGAUGCCAGGGCUGCCUGGUUUGUUUGGAUUAAAGGGUUUGAAAGGCUACCAAGGUUUACCUGGUCUGCCCGGCAGGAGGGGGCUCCCAGGCCCACCUGGGGUUCCAGGACCCUCAGGACAGUCACUGAACAUGACGUUGACUCAACUCAAGGACCUGAUGUAUGUGUCCGAUAAGCCCAACUACCCUCUGAUCCAGACUCUGCUAGAUUCUCUGCAGCACGAGCUUCGGCUGCUGGUGGAUCCUCCUGAUGGCAGUAAGGAGCAUCCUGCCACCACCUGUCUGGAGCUCUGGCUCUGUCACCCUGAGUACAGCAGCGGAAUGUAUUACAUUGACCCCAACCAGGGGAGCCCAGCCGACACUCUGCUGGCCUAUUGCAGCUUCUCCUCCGCAUCAAAACAGACCUGCAUUCAUCCUCGAGACUCUCAGCUGCCCAUGAAAGCCUGGAUGGAAGGCUUUUCUGAAGAAGGAUCUUUUCAGUGGCUCAGCAGGUUGGAGCAGGGGUUUCAGUUUUACUAUCCAGGUGCUAACGUGGUCCAGAUGCGUUUUCUGAGAUUGCAUAGUACCACCGCCACCCAGAAGGUGACCUACUCCUGCCACCCAGGACACAGACUGGGUCAGACAGACAGAGACAUCAAAUUCCUCACUGAUACAAGGAAGCAAAGUUACCUCGGAGCUCUUAAAGAUUGUGUGCCUGGAGAGGAGACCAUUUCUGGACCUCGGGAGUCUGUGUUUGAGUUUGAAGACCUCCAGCUGCUUCCUCUGAGAGACGUAGCACUAAUGGGAGGUGGAAACUUCACACACCAGUUUGGCUUCACUGUCGGACCCGUGUGUUUCAGCUAGGAAAUGCUAGAAAGCUGUGCCGUCCCAGAAGCCUCACAGGCCCAGGAUACAAACCUCUCUUCAAAUCAUGGACGUCAAGAGGACAACUUGAACAUCUCUCCCAAUUUCUAAAGAUGUCACUUCCCUUUCCUCUUGUUUUGGGGGAUUUGAUCUCUCAAGCUGAGUGACCGUUUUAAUGAAUUUAUGAGGACAGAAGUGUCCCCAGGCUUUUUUCACAGAGAAGUCAAUUUUGUUUACAGAGACGUUUAUCUUGUAUUGAAUAAUUUAAAAAUAUAUGUUUUUUUAUCCUUUAUAACUCUGUUUGAUUUUUGUUUUGUAUUGUGGGCUUCUGUCAUAGCCUGGCCGUUGGGUAUAUAAAAGUCGGACUGUCCUAACUGAACAAUUAACAAUGUGUUCUGCAUGGGGACACAGCUAAUGUUGUCCCAUUGGCUGUGUGUGACCAGGCCAGUAAACUCUCUCACUGUAAGUCCACUACUUUUGUACUGUAAGUCAACUCAGAUGUGUCACUUUUCUCAUGGUGCCGAUCACAUUUUAUUUGUAAGACCAGCAUUUAUUUAAUCCCAAAAACAAUAGAGGGGGGCAGUCAUCCUGUUUUAUGCAUACUUGAUGCUGUCUUUUGCCAACAGCAAGAUCAAACAAAACAUUGUUUAUUAUUUUUGCAGUUUCAUAUAAUCUAUGUUGGGUUUUUUCUUACGUCUCAGGUAUGAUACAUUAAUGAUGUACACAUGGGCGCUGAAGCAGCUGUUGUCACAGUAUGCUGAUCAGUUCUGGAGUAUCGCAUUCAAACUUAAAGAAAUGUUAGAAAUGAAAGACCAAAACCAACACUGAAAAAGUUUAGUCUGUGUAGCCAAAGCCUGAUAUAUUGUAUUCCUCUGUGCCAUAGAGCUCCAUCUCAAAGCCACCUAGGUGAACUCAUUAUCAUGAACACAAAUGGUGUAGUUUAUUUUGACCCACAUAAACCGGAAAUGCUGCCGGAAAAACUCUAAACGUAUUAAUCUGCAUCUGAAAAUAGUCCACAACAAAUGCUUUAUUUACUCCUGUUUGAGGAAUGUUUGCUAAAAACGACAAUGGCCAGCUGUUUUGGGAAAUUACUGAGCCUUUAAAAAAAAAGUUAUGUAUUAUGAGCUGUUUUUAAAGAUUUACAUUUUCAGAAGGAAUUGAUGGGAUUGGGUGCCACAGACAGUUAUAGAAACGGGAAAGUGUUAAGAGUCGGGCUAAAGCAUUGUUGGUUUUGCUCACAAUAUAAUAACGCCAGCCUUAUCCUUUAAAAUGGUGAACUCCUGCACACUGUCAUCAAAAAAUGUUAAAGAAGUUUCAGUCAUAGAUCUUUCAUCAUCAUUAGGCUUUAAAAAAACAAUACAUUAAGCAGCAUAUUUUUGAAAUAGCCACAGGCAGCAACAACCAGUCACAAAUGGCGUCAAAUCAUGGGAAAGACAAAUUAAAUUUAACAAUUUGUCAGAAUUGCAUUAAAAGACUAAUCAACACAUCUAAUUUGAGACUGGGAAAAAUAUUGGGCCUUCCAAACUACAAUCUGCUAUCACAAACUGGUAAAUAAAUACAGUCUGAUUAUCAAGAUACAAUUUCCAUGGUCUGUGAUAAAAACCUAGCUGUUGCUUUAAUUAAUUUUGUCCUGACAGUGUUUGAGAGUUUACCACAUUUUCAUUAGAGUUCAUUCUCCUACACAGCAGUCCAGCAGGUUUACAUUAGAUUAUUUACUGUUUUAACAAUAGAAACUGUGUUUAAGAGAUUCUCUUUUUUUUUUUUUGUUAUUCUCGUGUAAACUAAAGACUGAAGUUAAGCAGCCAGAGUUUACAGAUCCACCUAUUUCCUUCCAAAACAAUACUGUAAUUUCUUUCACUGUACUGUAAAGUUCAUGCAUAAGUGCAAGAGCAUUGCCCUGCAGUAUCCUGCAAAGCUUCCUGGUGAAAAAGAAGAGUACCUAUUACCACCCACUUAGCAUGGAGUAAUUGCUGUCGGCCUGAAUUUCUGCUUCAUUUAAUCUAAGGUGCUUGGGUCCAGAGGAAAGAAGCAAGCCUUGUAGCUUCUCAGCAGAAUCGGGAUUUGGUGUUUGUCCCGGAGGUGGUCAGUAGUGAGUGAUCGUGCAGGGAGUAGAGGAAUCACUGGAAUGAGAUCUCGGGGAGGUUGUGGUGAGAGUGUAGUCUACCAGCUCAGCCAAAACAGCAGCUCUGCAGCUGGAAAACACCAAAAACUUAAUUUUCUUGCUUAUACCAAAUUCUCAGCUGUGGAGAACCAAGGGCCACUGCUAUACAACAGGGAAGAAGUGUAUUUAAUCUUAAUCUCAACUAGAAUUGGAUUAAAGUGUAAGCAUCCACUGAUUUGCAAUUCUGGCCUGGUGUUCAAUAUUCAGUGUUCUAUUGUGUAUUUAGGUUUGUUAUAGCAUCAUUCUAUAUGAUUGCCUUAGCUGGCUGAGACUGAUCAUUGUUUCUUUACUUGUUUUGUAAAAUUAUCAUUUAAAAAAAUAUGAAAUGCUGGACAUCUGUCUUGUGUGAUCCCUCCAUCAGCUCAUUCAAUGUGUCAGAUGAAUUA